AUGGUCGACUACACUCCAAAGCCUCGUGCACCUCUUGCCGAGACCACGAAUCGCCUCAAUGUUGCCGUGCCCGCUCAAAAUCACCAGAGCCAAAAGGCACGAUACAGUCAAUCAGGUGCUACUCCAUACAAUAGCUACCACUCGCAUCAAAACAUGCAGCCUGAUUCACGCGGCCAGCCAGUGGCUUACAACGCUUAUGCUCCCGCUGUGCAGAAGCCACAGCAUUCUGCAGAGGCUGUGAAGCGUCUCUCUCAAGCGUCUUACGCCUCUACCUCGAGCAGUCAAAGUAGGAAGAACUACAAGACGCACAUUGGACCGUGGCAACUAGGAAAGACUCUGGGAAAAGGCUCGUCGGCUCGUGUUCGGCUCUGUCGCCACAACAUCACCAAGCAGCUCGCCGCUGUCAAGAUUGUCAACCGUCGGAUGGCGUAUCUUGUUCAAGACAGCAGCCUGGCUGCUCUUAGCAAGUGGGAUUCGAGCCUCCCCGAAGUCAAUGGCGAAAUGCGAGUUCCCGUGUCGAUUGAACGCGAAGUUGCCAUCCUUAAGCUUAUUGAACAUCCCAAUAUCAUGAAGCUCUAUGAUAUAUGGGAGAAUCGCUCUGAAAUUUAUCUCAUUCUUGAAUACAUUGACCAAGGCGAUCUUUUUACCUUUAUCAACACGAAAGGAAGGCUAUCCGAAGAAGUGUCCGUCUACUUUUUUCGACAGAUGAUCAGUGCCAUUGCCUAUUGCCACUCCUUCAACGUGUGCCACCGCGACUUGAAGCCUGAAAACAUCUUGAUCACCGCCGAUCUCCAGAUCAAGAUCGCCGACUUUGGCAUGGCGGCUCUUCACCAGACAACUACUCAUCGACUGGCAACGGCUUGUGGCAGCCCACACUACGCGGCGCCCGAGCUUCUCAAGAACAGACAAUACCGUGGAGAUAGGGCUGAUAUCUGGAGCAUGGGCGUGAUUCUCUAUGCUAUGCUGUCCGCAACCCUGCCGUUUGAUGAUCCUGAUUUGCGUGUCAUGAUGAACAAGACUAAAAAAGGGCAAUAUAAAAUGCCCGAGUUCCUGACUCCCGAAGCCGAAGAUCUCAUUGACCGCAUGCUCCAAGUCAAUCCCGAUCAUCGCAUCACAAUGAAGCAGAUUUGGCAGCACCUUCUGAUCCAGAAGUACAACUAUCUAGACGAUUUUGGUCAGAACACGGGCCAACCCCCAGACACGCGCAAGGGAUUCCAAUAUGCUCCCAUUCCGCCGCACCAGAUCGACCCUCAGCUGCUGCGACAGUUACGCUCACUAUGGCACAUGUCUAGCGAUGACGAAUUGGAGAGAAAGCUGGGCUGCAAAGAGCCAAAUGACCAAAAGGCAUUUUACUGGCUUCUUUAUAACUACCGCGAGCAACAACUGGAGGAUUUCAAGCCGGAAUUGUCUCAUUCCAUGAGCGACUAUCAUCAUCUCAAGCCGAAUUCCUGGAAGAAGCGCGUUUCGACAUGCGAGUUCUCUCAGCCCAGAGCCAACGGUCAUGGUAGAUCCAUCUCUCGAUUUACAGUCAUCUCCACGACAGCAGAGACCGAGGACGGGACCGUCCAGAGUUACGAUCCCUAUAGAGGCAGUCGAAUGCUGAAGGCUUGCGGUUCGCAAGCCAGUCAUGCAAGAAUCACUGUUCAUCGGGACGGCGAGACGCUGCAAGCAUCACAGUCGACCAGAAAACGUAGCGGAUCAAACUCCACUCGCCGCGGACGAGCCAGUUCUAUGCGAGCGCAUACGGGUCGCUCCCAGUCGUCAAGAGGAUCCAUGGGUUCCCUGCGCAGUAACCGUCAAGGCACACCACAGACGCAUGGUUCUGGCCUACGACAUAAGCGAGGUGUCGAUUUUUCACACAUGCGCAAGCGAUCGGCCUCUGCAGCGCAGGUACAACGGGGUCCUCACCACUCGCGGACAGACUCGAUGGCCACCAUGGGUGGGGUGCCACAACAUCAGGUUCUCUCGAGGCCUCGGUCUCCAACGCCAGAUAUGCCUCAGUUACCGGAUGGCACCUAUCCCAAAGCCAAAGGCGGCCCCGUCUCCAAGGACGCCUCGAUUCUUUUUCACGAAGAGCUGCGUCAUUUCAGCAAUAACAUUGCCAAGGAUUGUGAUGACGCAUUUGGGAGCUCCCUCAUCCAAGAUGACUCCUUUUCGGAAUCAGUGGCAGAUGUGCAGAGGAAGCAGCGUGAGUCGACGCCUCUUUCUUUUACAAUCGAUACUCCGUCGGAGGCGACUGCACCUACAGAGUUCUCUGGCAAAUCUUGGAGCAGCCGCCCCCUGCCGCCAAUUCCAUCCGAAAAUGGCUCCAUGAGUCAACAGACUACUGCGGUCAACUCUCGAUCAGCCUCAAGAGCUGCCGACAAUGACAGUCUUGUGGACGAGAUUAACCGACUGGCUUUUCCACUGCUGUUUUCUAACCAGCCGGAUCGCCGAAUUGUAUCGGCACCGGCUUAUGGCCAGGCGAGUCGACGAACAGGUACUCUGCCAUGCAUCAGUGAGAAUCCAGGUGUCAGCACCGUCAAUGUGGACAAACCAAGGAUCGUGUCGGCACCACCGUAUACGCCGCCGAAGAAGGCGAGCCGUCCCAUGAGUGGUGUCGAAUAUCUGAGCCAAGUCGAAAACUCGAUCAGAGUAGUAGCUUCUCCAACCGCGCUGAGUCCUGUCAAGAUUCCGGAGCCACUCAACGUGCGAAAGAAGUCAACGAAAGAGGGCCACGGGCAACCUCUUCAACACCAGCGAGAUCACAAGGAAGAUAUGGUGAGGAACUAUGGGCAAUACGCUCAUGAUACCUCACAGCUUGGCAUUUCUAGCCCGGUAAAGAAGAAGAGGUCGUGGUUCAAGCGGUCGUCCAAGCUUGACACAGACGGUGAGACAUUGGUCGAAUCAAAGGAUGACAAGCAGCGAACCGUCUCUUGCGAGACUCGCCACUCCACCUCAACUUCUACUACGGCCACCUCGACCAAGAAGAGGAAUUUUAGCUUCCCGUUUUGGAAGAGUAAUCGGCAUAGAGAUUCAAAGAUGAUUAACGAAGAUGACACAAGCCAAAUUCAGGAGACGGCUACCACCAAGGCCGAUAGGAAAGGACAAGGAUUGCAGAAGUCAUCAUCUGGCAGCAGCCGCAACAUUGAAGUGAAGCAGAAUUGGCUUACUAGGCUAUUCCGCGUCAAACCUGCAACGAGCUACAUCUGUAUGAACUUGUCACGCAAACGUGCGCGACAGGAAGUGUCGACAUUGCUGCGGAAAUGGCGCAAAUACGGAAUAAUGGAUAUUCAAGUGGAUAAGGAACGCAACAUUGUCUUUGCGCGAGUCGGAGCUGAGAACUGCUUGAACCUCAAACCAGUCGCAUUCGCCGCAGAGGUGAUGACGGUGAUUGAGCAUGGUAAGAAGCAACAGCUUAGUAUCAUCCGCUUCACCCAAGAGCGUGGUGCUGCAAGCAGCUUCCACAAAGUUGUGGACACGAUGAGGAUUGUGUUUACCGAUCGCAAUCUCGUGGUUAAGGACCCAAGCAAGCAGAAGAUGAUGAUCAAGACUCUAAACUCGUGA